GGUGGCCGCCGCUGCCGCCGCUUUCCCUGCGAUCGGCGGCCGAGAGCUGGCUGGCUGGCAAGGCGCGCGCCUGCGCCUGCGCACGCGGGGCUCCCCUCCUGCCCAGGGACGAGGCUGGCGUUUCUCUGGGCGUCCUCCUGAUCUGCAGUGCAGAGCUUGAGCGGAGGAGCGCGUCGCAGUCGCCGCCGCCGCCGCCGCCCGGCUUGCCGAAGGAAGGGACCCGAAAUCAGGAUUUGGACGGGAUCGGGGCUGAGGGGGGUCGAGGAGCGCGGAAACCGACUCUCGAGCAGACCUCGGCGGUCCUUCGGAGCGAGGACCCUCUCGGCACGGUCGCCUUCGCAAGCCCAUCACUUUCGGGGACCGCGCGCCGCACGCUGCCGCCAGCACAAUGGGGAAACAGAAUAGCAAGCUGGCUCCCGAAGUGAUGGAGGAUCUGGUGAAAAGCACAGAGUUUAAUGAACAUGAACUCAAACAGUGGUACAAAGGAUUUCUAAAGGAUUGCCCUAGUGGAAGACUGAAUCUAGAGGAAUUUCAGCAGCUUUAUGUAAAGUUUUUCCCUUAUGGAGAUGCGUCGAAAUUUGCCCAGCACGCCUUCCGAACCUUUGAUAAGAAUGGAGAUGGAACCAUCGAUUUCAGAGAGUUCAUUUGUGCCCUGUCCAUCACCUCACGGGGCAGUUUUGAACAGAAACUCAACUGGGCCUUCAAUAUGUAUGACUUAGAUGGAGAUGGGAAAAUCACAAGAGUAGAAAUGCUGGAAAUUAUAGAGGCCAUUUAUAAAAUGGUAGGCACAGUGAUCAUGAUGAAAAUGAACGAAGAUGGCCUCACACCGGAGCAAACGGCCAGCAAGGUGCAUUUUAUACAUGAAUAUAAAAAUGCUGACGUGGAAGAUUUAUAUCGACUUUUAAUCCUCUGUUUUUAUUUAAUUCUGCAGUUUUUCCCUUAUGGAGAUGCGUCGAAAUUUGCCCAGCACGCCUUCCGAACCUUUGAUAAGAAUGGAGAUGGAACCAUCGAUUUCAGAGAGUUCAUUUGUGCCCUGUCCAUCACCUCACGGGGCAGUUUUGAACAGAAACUCAACUGGGCCUUCAAUAUGUAUGACUUAGAUGGAGAUGGGAAAAUCACAAGAGUAGAAAUGCUGGAAAUUAUAGAGGCCAUUUAUAAAAUGGUAGGCACAGUGAUCAUGAUGAAAAUGAACGAAGAUGGCCUCACACCGGAGCAACGAGUAGACAAGAUCUUCAGCAAAAUGGAUAAGAACAAAGACGACCAGAUCACACUGGAUGAAUUCAAAGAAGCCGCAAAGAGCGACCCGUCCAUUGUAUUACUCCUGCAGUGUGACAUUCAGAAAUGAGGAGAUUGUAUAAAAUGCUUUCAUGGACUACACAGAAGUUUAAAUGUUCCAUUCAGUUUGCAGCUAUUUACACACACACACACAUACACACACACACACGAACAAACAAACAAAAAUUGCUUGGACUACCUAUCAAUGGACUUGCUUCUUGUGUUUGAAACACUUGUGUGCAUGAGAAUGUCAAUUGCUAAAGAAUUUUAAAAGUAUAUAUUAUAAGAAAAAAAUAUGCCACAAUGUGAUGUGUGCAACGUCAUUUCAUAGGUCCUUUUCCUCUGAUGCCUGUGCAGCAUCGCUGUGCUGCAAGUGAAAUUAUACUAUUUAUUGUUCAUGUUUUACUGAUGCUAGCUGUAUGUCUCCUAAACUGGAUAAUGUUAGUGGCACUGAAAUCCCCCAUGGUAGUGUAAACUGUUAAAUGAGCAAACGUCACCAAACAUCCCUGCUGUAUAGUAGUAGUGGAGAGACCGAGGGACACUCCUCAGUUCGUAAGGGUCUGCUCCAGACAUGUGCUUGUAUUGUCAGUGAAUAUAAAUGUAUUUCAUUUGCAUGAGUUUUAGGUUUGCCUUAAUUCUUACCUCAUUUGCAUCCUUUUGAUCAGAAAAAAAGCUACUGUACGUCAGAGGAAUGAUGUAUAAGACAAAACUUUAAAAGAGAGAGAGAGAGAGAGAAGAGCUAACCCUGCUAAAGUGUUCCCUCAGUUAAAAGUUAGCAUAUAAAUAUAUAUAAUAUAAAUAUAUAAAACACAUUUAAAAUACUGUUUUAUUGGAAGUUCAAAAUGUUUUGUUGGGAGUGUAUUAAUUUCUGCUUGAAAAUUUCAAAAGCUUCCAAAGAGGUUGAGAUCAAUGUCCCAAAAUAAAUUUAUAACAUUUGA